CGCAAACUUCCUGAAAUGCCAAAUUCAAUUUUCAUCAACCCCUUUCUCGUCGAUAUGGCAGAGAACAACGGUGGCUUCCUUCUAGGCUUCAAGUGUAUGAAUACAUGGAACGAGGCAAUCUUGAGGAAAAGCUUUUCAAAGGUUCAUGCAUUUCUUUCUCUAAAUUGGUUCUAAUUAUGGAAGGACUUGCUUUCCUUCGUGAAGAGGAGACGCCAGUCAUAUACAGAGAUGUUAAAGCCUCAAACAUUCUUUAUGAUGUUGUUGGUGCUCCUGUACUUCUUGAUUGGUCCAGACAUUUUCUGAUGCUUGGUUAUUACAACUUUCUCUCUACCUUUGCUGACCCUAUAGUGAGGCUGAUAAGAACAGUCAGAGGUUUAAACAGAUCAGAUAAUUACUCUCCAAUCUAUCAUCCAAUCGAUUCUACCAUUAAUAUACUGUUCUCAUCUGGAACCACAGGAGAACUGAAGGCAACAAGUGCAUACCAGAAUCCAAAGGCUGAACAUGUAUUCUUCAACGCAACCUCAUUUAAUCUACUUGUUUGUAAACCUUCUAUUUGCUUGCAAAGUUCUAUCUCUUUUAGAUUCUCAGAGCUCAAAAGUUUUCAUUCUCAGAUAAAUUAUGAUUAGUGCUAUGAUUAAGAUAUUAGAACGCAAUUGAUCCAUCAAAUUUCCAACAAACAAACACUAAUAGUCAUGUAAAAAAACAUAAAAAUUCAAUUUAACUAGUAUUAACAUUCAUUUAACUGGUAUAACUCUUCCACAAUAACCAAGUAUUCCACCUCAUUCAAACAAUAUUGACUCGAUAGAUGAUCCACUUGAUUCUCUAACCCAUACAAAAUAUUGACAUGCUUCUUAUGCUCAUCCUUUCCGAAAUAAAUUUCUAUAAUCUUCACAAAUGCAUGCAUUGUCAACAAACUAUCGGACCCAGCUUGAUGACACUUCCCGGUUGCCCGAUCCAAAUGAAGUGUUUGAGCAAUUCGUUCAAGACCGCCAUAGAGACCGUUGCAGAAAAGCAUGAGGUGGGAAGGCUCUGACGGGUGAGGAUCUUCACUAGGUAUGCGAAAUCGUACGCGGGGUGGAAUGUGACCCAAGUAACAGCAUCGUUGCAAAGAAUCCCAGACCACAUCAUCAGUUGAGCGAACCGGACUGAAUCAAUCCCCUCGGCAGCGUUGCGGACGAAAUCAAUUCCCUGACGACGGAGUAGCUCGAUAGAGUCCGGAGCGUGAGCAUCACAGGAGAGGUUGAAGUCUCUGAAGUUGAACUCCCAGAUAAAGGAGGAGCCGCCGGUGCCGAGGUCAGGGAGAUUGCCGGCUGCAUCUGAGAGAGUAAGACCAACUUGGAUGAGGUUGAGCACGUCCACGUUGGACUUAAUGAGGCGGUAGUUGUCAGAGGAGCUGAGGUUGCGGUGAUUAUGAGGUUCCGAGGGCUUGAAGAUGACGCCAGGAAACUCAGUAUCCAUGGAGAUGAAAGGGAAGCGAUCAAUGAGUCCACGGAUGAGUAGAAAUUCAUAUUCCAAAUUGGAGGCCCAUACUUUUCGAAUCACCACGCGCUUCAGGUUCGGUUUCACUUCGUUGAUCGAGUUCAUCGUUCUUGGAAUUUGAUUUGCUUCAAUAGACUCGAGAGAAGAAGAUAAUAAAGACGUUACUGAUUAUUGAAUUUCUGAGACAAAUGAGCUAGGAGUGAGGGUUUUAUAAUGAGCGUUACUUGUAGAUUUUGUUUUUAUUUACUCUAUUCUGUUUAAUUAAUGAAUCUCAACCAGAUAGGGAUUACACCAAAAACAAAGAUACGGAUUAUGACGUUGCUUCACCGGUUUAUAUUUUUC